AUGUCUGAACAGGAGGCUGAGGCUAAGCGUGCAAAGCAAUUGGAAGAAGCUAGGAAGAGAGUAGAGGAACUGAAGAAAAAGAAAAAUAAGAAGGGUAAAGGUAAAAAGAAUAAGAAUAGCAACGUUACCAGCACUACAGCUUCAGAGGCGCUUGAUUUGGAGAGUAUACCGGGUGAAGAACUAGCACAAGAACAAACACCGACAGCAGACUCGAUCAAAAGUGGGAACGACAAUGAGAUCGUCGAAGAGAAUGACGAGAAUGAAGAAACAGAAAAAAAGGAGACAGAAUCAGCUGAAUCAAAUGAUUCUGAAAUCAAGAAAGAAAAAGUUGUAGAAGAAGGCGAUCGUGCUGCUACUGUCGAAAAAUAUGGUGCAGAAAACGCUCAAGAAGAGGAACUCGAUGAAAGCACGGAGAAUACCGAUGACAAGCAAACGAUAGAGGUGGAAAAGACUGCACAAUCGCAAAAAGAAAAGAAGGUAAUACAAGCUCAGGCAGAAGUGGAGGCUGCACAACCUCAGGAGGAAAAAGAACCCUCACACUCAUCUGCAACAGCAGAAGAUUUAUUCGAUAAUGAUGAUAAUGAAGAAUCUGAUUUCUUGACCACUAUUGAAAGGCAAAAAGAGGAUGAUGAGCUAAGCAAAUUAAGAGCAGAACUAGAAGAACUCACGCAGGAAAAUAAACAAUUGAAGUUCUUGAAUAUGGAAAAUGAAACUACAGUUGAUGAUCUACAAGAGCAAUUACAAGAAAGGGAGGAUAUGAUAAAUAGUUUAGAGAACGAUUUGCAAACUACAAGGGAUGAGCUUAUGGCCACUCAACAAAGAUUGAAGGAGGCGGAAACAAAAUCGGGGAGAAAUUCUACACCAACGCCUGUGCAAUUUGCGGAUUUCAAUACUUCUGGUAACAAUCCAACUCCUUUGCAAUCCGCCACCAAUUUUGCCGCACCGAUGGCUCGUGGCAACCACGUGGAAGUGGACCGUGUUAUGCUGGAUAAGUGGCGGCAUUGGAACGUGGACAUGACCACUUGGAGAAGUAUCGGUUCUGGUCCAAUAAUGGAAUUUUGA